AUGGCUACGAACGGUGACUCGCGGCCCGCGCCGGGCGACCGUACCGUCAUUGGUAUCACCUUUGGCAACUCCAACAGCUCCAUCGCAUACACCAAGGAUGACAAGGCUGAGGUUAUGGCCAACGAGGACGGAGACCGUCAAAUUCCCACCAUCCUCUCCUACGUUGAUGGAGACGAGUACUACGGACAGCAGGCCAAGGCCUUCCUCAUCCGGAAUCCCACCAACACGAUCGCAUACUUCAAGGACUUCCUCGGACAGGACUUCAAGUCCAUCGACCCCACCCACAACCACGCCUCUGCCCACCCCCAGGACGUGAACGGCACCGUCUCCUUCUCCGUCAAGGACAAGGUGGACGCCGAGGAGCCCUCCACCGUCUCCGUCCACGAGGCCUCCGUGCGCUACAUCCGCCGCCUCGUCGGCUCCGCCAGCGACUACCUGGGCCAAAAGGUCACCUCGGCGGUCAUCACCGUCCCCACUAACUUCACCGAGAAGCAGAGGGAGGCCCUCAUCGCCGCCGCAAAGGAGGCCGGCCUCGAGGUCCUUCAGGUCAUCUCCGACCCCGUUGCCGCCGUCCUCGCCUACGACGCCCGCCCCGAGGCCGUCGUCGAGGACAAGAUUGUCGUCGUCGCCGACCUGGGCGGCACCCGCUCCGACGUGGCCGUCGUCGCCUCCCGCGGCGGCAUGUACACCGUUCUCGCCACGGCCCACGACUACGAGUUCUCCGGCUCCCACCUCGACCAGGUCCUCAUCGACUACUUUGCCAAGGAGUUCAUCAAGAAGCACACCACCGACCCCCGCGAGAACGCCCGCUCCCUCGCCAAGCUCAAGGCCGAGUCCGAGUCCACCAAGCGCGCCCUCUCCCUCAGCGCCAACGCCAGCUUCAGCGUCGAGUCCCUCGCCGACGGCGUCGACUUCCAGUCCACCAUCAACCGGUUACGCUACGAAAUGGUCGCCCGCAAGGUCUUUGACGGCUUCAACCGCCUCGUCGAAGGCGUCGUCAAGAAGGCCGAGCUCGACGUUCUCGACAUUGACGAGGUCAUCGUCGCCGGCGGCACCGCCCACACCCCGCGCAUCGCCGCAAACUUUGCCCAGCUCUUCCCCGAGUCCACAAAGGUCAUUGCCCCCGCCACCGUCGCCAACGCGAUCAACCCCUCGGAGCUCCUCGCCCGCGGCGCCGCCCUCCAGGCCUCGCUGAUCCAGGAGUACGACGCCGAGGACAUUGACCAAAGCACCCACGCCGCCGUCACCACCGUCAAGCACAUCUCCAAUGCCAUCGGCGUCGUCGGCGCAAACGACGAGUUCGUCCCCGUCGUCCCCGCCGAGACCGCCGUCCCCGCCCGCCGCACCGUCAAGAUUUCCGGUCCCAAGGACGGAGGCGACGUCCUCGUCCGCAUCGUCGAGGGAGGCGCCCACAUCAAGGUCACCAAGCCCGAGCCCAAGGCCGCCAAGCCUGAGGCCAACGGCGACGAUGACGACGACUCGGACUUCUCCGACGAGGAGGAGGAGGAUAUCCGCGAAAAGGUCUGGAAGGUCGGUCCCACCCUCGCCGAGGCCGCCGUCCGCGGCGUCAGCAAGGGCGCCAAGGUCGAGGUCACCAUCAACGUUGCCGCCGACUUGGGCGUCACGAUAACGGCGAGAGAGGUUGGCGGCAAGGGCGGUGUCCGCGGCGCCAUCAGCGCUCCUUGA